AUGGUUAAACGGUAGAGGUUGGCAGCCCUGGCUGCGCGAACGACUCAUCAACGGCAAAAAAACAGUUUUCUCCUUCUGUUCCGACGUAUUUUUAUUUUCACCUUGUUUUAAGUUCGCGAAGUGCAUAGCUGAAGUGGAAAAGUCGUGGGAAAAUCGGAUGAACUUUUCCGGGCGGACGUAUGUUGGUCCGUGAUCGGCAAAUUAAGUUGGAAAAUGCAAAAGUGCGGCCGCUUUGAAGUGGAAUUUUGUCGAUUGCCGCACGACGACGUCACCGCCAGUCACAAAUACAUACAGACACACAAGUAAAUAACCAGGUGUGCACGGAGAAUUCAAAUUCGUUGAGAUUGUUGUAAAUUAUGAAAGCAAUUUAUCAAGCGGAAACUGGAAAUCGAGAAAAGAGUUGGAAAAAAGGGGAAGGAAAAGGAAGAAGAACGAGAACAACAACUGCUAAUGAGGGAGCGCGAGUGAUAAACGCGCCUUGAUCGACGAAUACACAAAGAGAGCGAAAGAGAAAGAGAGAACUACCGAACUACAGAGAGAGCUCAAAUAAUAAUCUUUUAGCUGGAUACCUUCGGGGUUAUUCUGACCUUUGGCAGCCGCAUAAUAUUUCCUCGAGCAUUUCUGUAGAGCAGAAAUCGCCGAAGGAAAAUGGACACCCGCGUCGAACUUGAGCUGGAGCCGGUUGGCAAGCAGCGGCAGGAGGAGCAGCCAAAGGAUGAGCCGGAGGAAGAUGAAAGGGAAUCAAAGGAAAACCAGCUGGAGAUGGAGCAAAAAAGCCUACUCACUCCGGUGAAGACCAACCUGCCACCCACCGGAAGCCCCGCCGUUCAGGAGCUGGAGUCCACGCCCAGGACACCGCCGCCACCGAUGAGCGUGCAGCCGGGAACGUCUCGCCAGCUCUUCAGAGAGGCUGCAAUGGCCCAUGGAGGCCAGGAGAGCACAUCCCUGCUGCAGCAGGAGCUGAACAACAUAGCCGCUACCCAAACACCAGUCACGCGGCUCAGAAGUGCCAGUUCCACGCUGGACGCCAGUGUCUCAAGAAAUCCCUCAACCACCGGUGGCAAACACGAGAAGAAGCUCGGCCAUCGGAGAGUGGCGGAGGGUGGCGAAGUGACCUACAAGAAGAUCCAGUCCAAACAGAUCAUGGGAUCCAUCCAGCUGGGCAUCCAACACACUGUGGGCAGCCUGGCCAGCAAACCCAAGAGGGAUCUGCUGAUGAACGACUUCUGGGAAAUGGAAACCAUCUCGUUUCCCCCAGAUGGUUCCUCCAUAACACCUGCCCAUCACUACAGCGACUUCCGCUUCAAGGUCUACGCACCCAUAGCUUUUCGCUACUUCCGGGAUCUGUUUGGAAUCGCACCCGACGACUUUCUCAUGUCCAUGUGUGCCUCCCCGCUGAGGGAGCUCUCCAAUCCGGGUGCCUCUGGCUCCAUAUUUUACCUGACAACCGACGAUGAGUUCAUAAUAAAGACGGUGCAGAAGAAGGAGUGCGAGUUCCUGCAGAAACUGCUGCCCGGUUACUACAUGAACCUCUCGCAGAAUCCUCGAACGCUGCUGCCCAAGUUCUUCGGCCUGUAUUGCUUUCACUACAACUCGAAGAAUGUGCGGCUGGUGGCCAUGAACAACCUGCUGCCUUCGGAUAUUAAAAUGCACGCCAAGUACGACCUGAAGGGCUCGUCCUUCCGCCGCAAGGCCUCGAAAGCGGAGCGCCAGAAGGCGAGUCCCACGUUCAAGGACCUCGACUUUGCGGAGCACCACCCGAACGGCAUCUUCCUUGAGACGGACAAGUACAAUGCGCUGAUGAGCACCAUCAAGCGAGAUUGCAUGGUGCUGGAGAGCUUCCAGAUCAUGGACUACUCGCUGCUGGUGGGCAUCCACAAUCUGGACCUGGCCGCCAAGGAGAAACGCGAGGAGCGGAUCCUGAAUGCGCGCGCCAAGCUGCAGCGCAAGGAGAGCGCCGCCCAGGGUCCUCCGUCCUUGAAUCCCGAUGACGAUGCUCCGGAGGCAGAUCAGAAUCAACUCCAUGCGGUGUCCUCUUACGCCUCCAUUCCGGGCACUUCCGGAGGAGCCGCUCUGAACCGCACACGCAGUAUGAAUCGCCAACGGUUGGUGGCACAUUCGACGGCUCUGGAGUCGAUUACCGCCGAUAUGGAUGUGCCGUUGGAGGAGGAUGAAGACGUACCCGCUGGCGGUAUACCGGCUCGUUCCGAGAACGACGAACGGUUGAUUCUGUACAUUGGCAUCAUUGACAUUUUGCAGUCGUACCGCUUGGAGAAGAAACUGGAGCACACGUUCAAGAGCAUCCUGUACAACGGGGACACGGUGUCCGUUUGCCGGCCCUCUUUCUACGCCAAGCGCUUCCAGGACGCCAUGGGCAAGCAGGUGUUCAAGAAGACGCCCACAUUUCCACUGAAACAUUCCCCCUCCAAGCGGAAAACGUCGACCACCCAGCUGCGUUCGCCCGCCUCGCGAGUUCCGCUGCUGAGCACUCCGAUCCAAGGGGCUCGUCAGGCGGUGCCGACGAUGUCCGGCAUGUCGACGCCACCGCCGGCCUUCGACGACAUCUCCGAGGAGGACAUCACCGCCACACCGACGAGCACGCUGCAGCUGCAGCAGAGGAGCAGCAGCCAGACGAACAACAACCAGGGUGAAGCGGAGGUGAUCACCGCGAGGGGCGGGAGCAGCACGACGGGCGGCAGCGGGGAGCCGAGCAGCACCUAUCACACCCAGUACUCCUACGACAGCUCCGGACGGACGGGCAGUGCCCUGACCAGCGACUACAGCGACGACGAGUCCACGGGCACGGACCUUGGUUCCCGGUCGCCGCAUCAGCACCACCGCACCCAUCGGCUGACCAAGACGAGUGUCCAGGUCACGACGGUGGGCUACGUGGAGGAGGUGGGCGCAGCACCAGCGGGCGAAAAGGAUCUGGUGCACGCGGAUGUCAACGGCAAGGCCAGCUUGACGACCACCACCAUGUUGACGACCACAAAGACGGCCCACAUCCAGGCGCCCAGCUACACAUCCACACUCGUGCUCAACGACUUGCCGCGUUGAUAUUCGGAGCGGGAUGGCGGGGUCUAAAGUUAACCAGAUGAGGAGGAGGAGCGAUGUUCGUAGCCCAUGUGUAUGUGUGUCUGCAAGGUGGAAACGCCACUCCCCCUCCAAAAAAAAAAAUAACACAAAAACGAAAUACUGAAAACGAGCUCGUUUAUCAUGAUUAAACACAAAAACCAAAAGCGAAUACGUAUUCGAUAUUAAAAUUUAUGUGGCGCCCGUGCUAAUUGACUGCCAACCAGACACGCCCCCUCUUACACACACACACACACACACACAUGCAGCUGGGGUUUCCCCCUCACCCUAUUAAAAUUUAUAAUUAUUUCGCUUCUUUUUGGUUGUUAUUUCCGUUUUUGUGUGGCCUUAACUGAAGUGUGUUUUAAUUUCUGAAAUUAGUGUGUACAAGGAACAAAACAAAAACUACUCGAUUGAAAUUGGGAUUAUGGUUGGAGAAAAGACGAUGUGAGAACACAAUUACUGUCUAUAUGUGUAUGUUGCUGUAUUAUAAAGUGCGUUUACGUAUUCUAAGAUGCUCAUGUAAAUAAAGGAACGAGAAUAAAUAUAUUAACGAUA